AUGCGGAAGCGCCACUGCAACCUGAAGAAUCUGUGAGAGCAGAGCUUUGAACUUGAACUCGAACUCGACAAAACUCACAAGUGCCUUGGGUGGAAAGGAAAGAAAAACAACGCUUGAACAGAGAUGGAGCAAACUGAAUCAUCACAUUACCCAGAAAAGGGUGAUUUCACAUAUAGUAUGUUUUAAGUGAACCAAACCCAGUUCAGUUAAAGUGAACCAGAAAAGGAACCAUCCGCAAAUGACCUCAGUGCUUUUGGUGUUCACAAUCAUACAGAAGAUUCCUCACACAACAGAACAUCAGAGAUUAGGACAGAGCUAAAUAGUGCCAUACCUGAGGACACAAAUGCAUUAGAAAGGACCACUACAAAAGAACAUUCUCAGAAAGACAAAACAGCAGUCAAAAGACCUACCAGUGGGGCUACUGAACUUGAGGUACCACCACACCUAAGCAUUCAAGAAAAUGGGGAUGGGAAAUCAAGCAUACAGAGAUGGCCAUUUUGAUCAGAGGAUGUACUGGAGGAACAGGAUGACCACAAGUACAAAGAAGGAGCUGGGGACAGUAGUGCACAAUCAAACAAAUCACCAUGCAGACACUGCACAAAACCAGUGAGUACAAAUAAUGUGAGGAAUGAGAUCAAAGAGCUCCCGAGUAACAGUACAUCUAACUUGAGGACAGAGCCAAAUAAAAUGGAUGACUGGACCAAAGAAGAUGUCCAUCAAUGGCUCACAAAUGCAAUCAAAAUCCCUCAAAAGUAUGCUGAUAUUCUUUGCAAUGAGGAUGUUUCAGGAGCCUCUCUGAUUUUAUUCAAUAAACAAGACUUUCUAGACAUUGGUUUGAAGCAUGGACCUGCUGUUCAAAUCCUUAAAAAAGUGGCUCAGUUCAAAGCAUCCUCAGUAACUUUCAAGAACAGUGGCAUACCAGAGGAUACAAGUGUGGGACAAGUAUGGACCUCUACAAUAGAAUAUUAUCAGCAAGACAAAACAGCAGUCAAAGGUCCUACCAGUGGGGCUACUGAACUUGAGGUAACACCACACCUAAGCAUUCAAGAAAAUGGGGAUGGGAAAUCAAGCGUACAGAGAUGGCCAUUUAGAUCAGAGGACGUACUGGAGGAACAGGAUGACCACAAGUACAAAGAAGGAGCUGGGGACAGUAGUUCACAAUCAAACAAAUCACCAUGCAGACACUGCACAAAACAAACGAGUACAAAUAAUGUGAGGAGUGAGACCAAAGAGCUUCUGAGUAACAUUACAUCUAACUUGAGGACAGAGCCAAAUAAAAUGGAUGACUGGACCAAAGAAGAUGUCCAUCAAUGGCUCACAAAUGCAGUCAAAGUCCCUCAAAAGUAUGCUGAUAUUCUUUGCAAUGAGGAUGUUUCAGGAGCCUCUCUGAUUUUAUUCAAUAAACAAGACUUUCUAGAUGUUGGUUUGAAGCAUGGACCUGCAGUUCAAAUCCUUAAAAAAGUGGCUCAGUUCAAAGCAUCCUCAGAAAAUUUAAAAAACAGUGGCAUACCAGAGGAUACAAGUGUGGGACAAAUAUGGACCUCUACAAUAGAACAUUAUCAGCAAGACAAAACAGCAGUCAAAAGACCUAUCAGUGGGGCUACUGAACUUGAGGUACCACCACACCUAAGCAUUCAAGAAAAUGGGGAUGGGAAAUCAAGCGUACAGAGAUGGCCAUUUAGAUCAGAGGACGUACUGGAGGAACAGGAUGACCACAAGUACAAAGAAGGAGCUGGGGACAGUAGUUCACAAUCAAACAAAUCACCAUGCAGACACUGCACAAAACAAACGAGUAUAAAUAAUGUGAGGAGUGAGACCAAAGAGCUUCCGAGUAACAUUACAUCUAACUUGAGGACAGAGCCAAAUAAAAUGGAUGACUGGACCAAAGAAGAUGUCCAUCAAUGGCUCACAAAUGCAAUCAAAGUCCCUCAAAGGUAUGCUGAUAUUCUUUGCAAUGAGGAUGUUUCAGGAGCCUCUCUGAUUUUAUUCAAUAAACAAGACUUUCUAGAUGUUGGUUUGAAGCAUGGACCUGCAGUUCAAAUCCUUAAAAAAGUGGCUCAGUUCAAAGCAUCCUCAGAAAAUUUAAAAAACAGUGGCAUACCAGAGGAUACAAGUGUGGGACAAGUAUGGACCUCUACAAUAGAACAUUAUCAGCAAGACAAAACAGCAGUCAAAAGACCUAUCAGUGGAUCUACUGAACUUGAGGUACCGCUAAGCAUUCAAGAAAAUCGGGAUGGUACACCAAGCAUACAGAGAUGUCCGCAGGCCUCAGAGGACAUACCGAAACAUAAAGACAAUGGAGGGGAGUCCUAUCCUGACACUGCCCUUGUUCAAAAGGAUGAAUUAAAAUUUGAGGAACAUGACCUCAAGGACAAAAAAGAAUGUGGGGCAAGUGAUGUACAACAAUUUCCUGUGACAUACUGCACAAAACCAACAAAUAAAAAUACUCUGUGUGCGCCGCGGCCUUUUGAUAAAAUCAGCACCACAUUUGAAUACAAGCAAAAUGAAAUACUUCCUCCUGAGACUGGUCCAAGCAAUCUUAUUGACCCUGUGCAUGAGUACAAGCUCCUAGUACACACAGAGAAUGCUUCAGAGAAGGAUAUCCUUAAAAAAUUCACAGAUGAAGUAUUCUGGUUUGCUGCAGGUUGCCUGAAUUAUCGAACAAAUGGAACUAUCCAUUUUGGAGUUGGAGAUGAGCCACAGUAUAAACAUGGGCAAAUUAUUGGACUAGAGUUAAGAUCUCCAAAAGACUUUAUAGAUGCAUUUGAUAGGGGUCUCAAGGAGCACUUUAAAGGACAUACUGUUACUGCAAUGGCAUGCAUUCGGCCCCCAAAGUUCUUUAAGGUUAAAUGUCCAGACAACAUCAAAGUGGACAGGUGGGUUAUUGAGGUUGAUGUUGUCCCAAAGUAUAAAUUAACUUUGGAAAAACUCUUUUACACUACAAUAGACAAGAAGAGGAGGAAGUCAAAAUGCUUUUUUAUUCGUUUAGGUGCAAACACCACAAAUCAUAUUCCUGAAAAGGAUCCAAGGACUGUUAAGCAGAACAUGAAGACAUUAAAAAAUUCUGUGAAAUGUUGGGCUUCAUUUAGAAAGUUGGCUGAAAAAGGCUAUAAAGAUCAGGCUCUGGCGAGACCAUGAAAAUCCCAGGUGAUCAGCAGCUCCCCAGUCAUCCAAAUACAGCGCUGGAACUCACCAGAGUACUAAUCACCCGCACCUGCAGCCAAUUCAAGAUACCAAUCAGCACCACUAUAAGAAGCACACACAAACACUCACUCUAUGUCUGGUUACCAACGUGUUCACAGAUUCUAACCCCCUGUUCCAGUGAUCUGCCUGAGAUUACAUACCUGUGCUCUAAGCGAUCUCCUGCAGAAUACUAACCCUUUCUCCAGCGAUCUCCUGUGAAUUACUCAUCUGUGCCCCAACGAUCUCCUGUGGAUUACACACCCGUUCUCCUGUGAAAUACUUACCUGUUCUCCUAUGUCCUCCUGUGGGUUAGUUCCCAAAGCUCCGGUGCUCACCUGUGAUGCACUCAUCUGUGGAUUCACCCUCACCAAGUGAACACCUCCCUUGACAUCAACUCACCUCUGUGUAUCUGGCUUAGUCUUACCAUUCACUCUCCAUCUCCACCAAGAACUGUACUUCACCUGUACUUCACCUGUUCACGCUGAUAGCGUAAUGUGUUUCAUCAGAACGUGCGUAGAGGAAGUGAUUCCGACCAGAACUGUACGAAUCUAUCCGAAUCAGAAGCCGUGGAUCAAUAGCGAUGUUCGCGCGGCACUUAAUGUGCUGACCUCUGCUUUUAAUUCCGGGAAUGCGGAGGAGCAUAAUCAAGCCAGUUAUGCCCUCCGAAAAACUAUCAAAACAGCAAAACGCCAGUACAGGAGCAAGAUUGAAGGACAGUUUAACACCACCAACUCUAGAAGCAUGUGGCAGGGAAUUAACAUCAUCACGGACUUUAAAGGGAAUAAAAGCUCCGCCAUGAACACCGCUGCCUCUCUACCGGAUGAGCUAAAUACUUUUUAUGCUCGUUUCGAGGGAAAUAACACCGCCCUCGCGGAGAGAGCUCUCACGGCUGAAGCUACAGAGGUCAGUUCACUCUCUGUCUCUGUAGCGGAUGUAACCCGAUCCUUCCGACGGGUGAAUAUCCGCAAAGCCGCAGGUCCAGACGGCAUUCCGGGCCGCGUCAUCAGAGCAUGCGCGAACCAGCUGGCUGGUGUUUUUACGGACAUUUUCAACCUUUCCCUCUCUUUGUCUGUAGUCCCCACAUGCUUUAAAACAUCCACCAUUGUGCCUGUUCCAAAACAAUCAAAAAUAACUUGUUUAAAUGACUGGCGUCCUGUUGCUCUGACCCCCAUCAUCAGCAAAUGUUUUGAGAGACUAAUCAGAGAUUACAUCUGCUCUGUCUUGCCACUCAAUCUUGACCCGCUGCAGUUUGCUUACCGCAACAACCACUCCACUGAUGAUGCCAUUGCAUCUACAAUACACACUGCUCUCUCCCACCUGGAAAAAAAGAACACUUAUGUGAGAAUGUUGUUUGUAGACUACAGCUCAGCAUUCAACACCAUAGUGCCCUCCAAGCUAGAUGAGAAACUCUGGGCUCUGGGCUUAAACAGCUCGCUGUGCAGCUGGAUCCUGGACUUCCUGUCAAGCAGACGCUUCUAACUCAGCUAGUUUUGAACAACAAUUGAAUCUUUAAAUACUUUGUUUCCAAUUUGUUUUAUUUUUAGUUAUUUCUCUUGUAAAAUAACAGUUCCAGUCCCAUUCACAAGAUUGCUUAAUUUAAAAACUUUACCAAAUAAAUAUAGGACCAAAUAAACGGUUUCCACAGAAUAAUAAACAAAGAAAUUGAUUAAAUCAGUGAUUUGCAUAUGUUUAGUAUCAUUAACCCUUUAUUUGCAAUGAUGGCGCAAGAUAUUGUGUUUAAGUGAUUUAUGUGGCCAGACAUUUUCUGAUGUAUGGUUUUAUUUAUUUGGAUUAUAAUUUGAAUUAUAUUUGAAGUAUCCCUGUAAUGCUUGUCAAGUCAUUUUUAUUUGUAUAGCACCUUUCACAACACACAUCGUUUCAAAGCAGCUUUACAGAAGAUCAGGCAUUAACAGAAGAUAAAACUGUGAUAUCUAUAAAGUCUUAGAGUCAUCAUUGUGUAGUUUGAUCAAAUUUGAUUGUGUAUUGUUUGAAAAUAAGUAAUUCAAUAAUAUUUGUAUUUAUAACCCUUGUCUGCCACGUGUAAAUUACAUCUGUGAUCUCUGUUGCACAACAAUGAAGACUGUAUUGAUGGACACAUAAGUGCAACUCAGUUCAUUGCUUUAUAUUUGAAGCCUUCAUAUGAAGAGUUGAACAAUCCUCUGCCUCCUGUCUUGCUUCUCGCCGGAGAUCCGCAAUAGAUGAACAGUCCACCACAUAAACUUAUAUUAUCAUACAGUUCCUCACAGCCUUUGUUCAUCAUCUCCUGAUAAUCGGCAUUCUUCGUUGUAUUAAAGCGUUUUUCAUUUUAAGUUUAGUAGGGGACGUUCACACUGAACGUGUUUUGCGUCUGUCCGAGCUGUUUUUCAAUGUAAAGCAGCGUCUCGCACAGGAACACCUGUAAAUAUGGAUUAUUCCUACAAUUCUGUGUCAUUUAAGUCCCCAUUACAAGAAGUGUGUGUGCUAUUUAUAUUGUUUAAUUUCACCCGAUUAAAAAGAAUAAAGACUUUUUAUAAUGUUA